AUUGGUGAAUGUACAACAAUGGUAGCAGGGGGUACAACAACGAGACCGUCGGAAUCCAUAUGUCGCCUGCCUCCCUUAAACUGCGUAAAUUCCCAUCCGCCAUUGCCAUUUGAAAAGUUGAUGACUUUCUGUUACAAAUCUGCUCACAAGAAACGAGUUGAACUAAAACCCACCCGCUUCACAUUGCACUUCCACCCUUCCAUCCCACCUCCCCCCACUCCCGUUCUCCGUCGGAGGGAGGACCUGAGAGCUUCAGCAAACCCCACAUCGCUUCCCAAAUCCUCAGAUCUCUGCGGAUGCGACAAUGAAUCAACGCCCCCCGCGACCGCAGGACGAAGAAGUGUACAAUAUCAUCCCAAUCCACAACCUUCUUGCCGACCACCCCGCCCUCCGUUUUCCCGAGGUCCGCGCCGCUGCUGCUGCGUUACGGGCCGUCGGUGACCUCCGCCGGCCCCCCUUCUCAACUUGGAAGCCCCACUAUGACCUCCUUGACUGGCUUGCCCUCUUCUUCGGGUUUCAGGAGUCCAACGUUAGAAACCAGAGGGAGCACCUCGUGCUCCAUCUCGCCAAUGCUCAGAUGCGCCUCUCCCCUCCUCCUGACAACAUCGAUACGCUCGACCCUUCCGUCCUGCGCCGCUUCCGCCGCCAUCUCUUGAAAAAUUACUCCAAUUGGUGCUCAUACCUUAACAUCAGGUCUAAUAUUUGGCUUUCGGAUUCGCGGUCCCGCCACUCGUCCUCCGAUCACCGGCGCGAGCUCUUGUACGUCUCGCUUUAUUUGCUUGUUUGGGGUGAGUCUGCAAAUUUGCGUUUCGUUCCGGAAUGCAUUUGUUAUAUAUUCCAUAAUAUGGCAAUGGAAUUGAAUAAGAUAUUGGAGGAUUAUAUUGAUGAGAACACGGGAAGCCCUUUUGUGCCGUCUAUAUCUGGUGAAAAUGCUUUUCUAGAUAAAAUUGUGAAGCCAAUUUAUGAUACUAUUAAGGAAGAGGUGGACAAUAGUAAGAAUGGGACUGCCCCACAUGCUGCGUGGCGGAAUUACGAUGAUAUAAAUGAGUACUUUUGGAGUAAGAGGUGUUUUGAGAAGAUGAAAUGGCCGAUUGAUGUUGGGAGUAAUUUUUUUGUGACGGGCCAUAAGGGGAAGAAGGUCGGAAAAACAGGGUUUGUUGAGCAGAGGUCAUUUUGGAAUUUGUUUAGGAGCUUUGAUAAGUUGUGGAUUAUGUUGAUUCUGUUUCUUCAGGCAGCGAUCAUUGUGGGUUGGGAGGGCCCCGAGGCUCCAUGGAAGGCACUGCGGAGUAGGGAUGUUCAGGUGAGGUGCUUGACCGUGUUCUUCACAUGGGCUGGACUGAGGUUCUUUCAGUCUUUGUUGGACAUUGCAAUGCAGUAUAGUUUGGUUUCGAGGGAGACCAAGUCUCUGGGAGUGAGGAUGGUCUUGAAAGCUGUGGUUGCAGCAGGGUGGAUUCUGGUGUUUGGGGUGUUUUAUUCAAGGAUAUGGAAGCAGAGGAAUAGUGAUCGUGGGUGGUCGAAUGCUGCAAACAACAGAGUGGUCAAUUUUCUUCAGGUCGUGGUGGCUUUUCUUGCACCAGAGCUGUUAGCUUUGGCUCUAUUUCUUCUGCCAUGGAUUAGGAAUUUUGUGGAGAACAAAAAUUGGAAAGUAUUUUAUUUGUUGUCAUGGUGGUUUCAGAGCAGUAUUUUUGUGGGUCGGGGACUUAGAGAAGGACUUAUUGACAAUAUUAAGUAUACCCUUUUCUGGGUCGCAGUGCUUGCGACGAAAUUCUCUUUUAGCUACUUCAUGCAGAUUAAGCCCAUGAUUGCACCGACAAAGACCUUGCUAGAUCUCGAAAAUGUUAACUAUGAGUGGUAUGAGGUCUUUAAUGCCAGUAACCGUGUUGCCAUUGGGCUGUUGUGGCUCCCGGUUGUUUUGAUUUACUUAAUGGAUAUCCAGAUUUGGUACUCAAUUUAUUCCUCAUUUGUUGGGGCGGCAGUUGGGUUGUUCGACCACUUGGGUGAGAUUCGGAACAUGCAACAGUUGAGGUUGAGAUUCCAAUUCUUUGCUAGUGCUAUUCAGUUUAAUCUUAUGCCUGAGGAGCAGCUACUGAAUGCUAGGGGGACAUUUAAGAGCAAGUUCAAGGAUGCAAUUCACCGGUUGAAACUGAGGUACGGGCUGGGCCGUCCCUUCAAGAAACUUGAAUCCAACCAGGUAGAGGCCUACAAAUUUGCCUUGAUAUGGAAUGAGAUAAUCAAAACAUUUAGGGAGGAAGACAUUAUCAGUGAUCGUGAGGUUGAGCUUUUGGAGCUGCCUCAAAAUGACCGGAAAGACCCCAGAAGUAAUUGGGAAAUUCGGGUGAUCCAGUGGCCUUGCUUGCUCCUCUGUAAUGAGUUACUGCUUGCUCUAAGCCAGGCACAAGAGUUGGUAGAUGCUCCUGACAGGUGGCUUUGGUAUAAGAUCUGCAAGACCGAAUACAGGCGCUGUGCGGUCAUUGAAGCAUAUGAUAGUUUAAAGCACUUUUUACUUGCAAUCGUCAAGUAUGAUUCUGAGGAGCGCUCCAUAAUCAGAACUUUUUUCCAAGAAAUUGAGCAAUGGGUUCAGCUGGAAAAAUUCACGAAGAACUACGACACCAGAGCACUCCCCAAAAUCCAUGCAAAGUUGGUGGAUCUUCUAUGUCUUGUCCUCAAGCCUGAUAAAGAUGCUGAUAAGGUGGUAAAUGCUCUUCAGGCCCUCUACGAGGUUGCUAUUAGAGAUUUCCUGAAAGAGAAGAGAAACAACGAACAGCUAAAGGAGGAUGGCCUGGCUCCUCAAAGCACAGCUUCUGGUGAAGUUUUGCUUUUUCAGAAUGCUGUCCAGUUGCCCAGUGCAAGUAAUGAGACUUUCUAUCGUAGGGUCCGUCGGUUGCAUACCAUUCUCACAUCUCGGGAUUCCAUGCAGAAAGUUCCAGAAAAUCUUGAGGCAAGGCGUCGAAUUGCCUUCUUCAGUAACUCCUUGUUCAUGAACAUGCCUCACGCUCCCCAAGUUGAGAAAAUGAUGGCUUUCAGUGUUUUGACCCCAUACUACAGUGAAGAGGUGCUGUACAGCAAGGAACAACUUCGAACUGAGAAUGAAGAUGGAAUUUCGACCCUCUACUACUUGCAAACUAUCUAUGCCAGUGACUGGAGGAACUUCUUGGAGAGGAUGCGCCGAGAAGGGAUGACCAGUGAGAAAGAACUUUGGACAACUAGGCUAAGAGAUCUUCGAUCGUGGGCAUCAUACAGAGGCCAGACACUUUCCCGGACUGUGAGGGGAAUGAUGUACUACUAUCGUGCUCUUGAGCUGUUGGCUUUUCUGGAUUCUGCUUCUGAGAUGGACAUGAGGGAAGGAUCUCAGCAACUGGGUUCCUUGACGCAUGACGAUGGUAUGGAUGAUUUGAGUUCAGAGAGAUCACCCUCAUCAAGAACUUUGAGCAGAGCAGAUAGUUCCGUCAGUGUUUAUUUUAAAGGUCAUGAGCGUGGGACAGCUUUGAUGAAGUUCACUUAUGUGGUUGCAUGCCAGAUUUAUGGUUCACAGAAGGCCAAAAAGGAUCCCCACGCGGAGGAGAUACUUUAUCUGAUGAAAAAUAACGAAGCACUUCGGGUUGCUUAUGUUGAUGAGGUGUCGUCGGGAAGGGAUGAGAAAGAGUAUUACUCUGUCCUGGUGAAAUAUGAUCAGAAGUUGCAGAGAGAAGUCGAGAUAUAUCGGGUCAAGUUGCCUGGUCCACUCAAGCUUGGGGAGGGGAAACCAGAGAAUCAGAAUCAUGCCAUUAUCUUCACUAGGGGAGAUGCAGUUCAGACAAUUGACAUGAACCAGGAUAACUAUUUUGAGGAGGCUCUAAAGAUGCGGAACCUUCUGGAGGAAUUCAAGCGCUACUAUGGGAUCAGAAAACCUACCAUCCUGGGAGUUCGGGAGCAUAUUUUUACUGGCUCCGUGUCGUCACUUGCUUGGUUCAUGUCUGCACAGGAAACAAGUUUUGUAACCUUGGGGCAGCGUGUUUUGGCUAAUCCUUUGAAAGUCCGGAUGCAUUAUGGGCACCCAGAUGUGUUUGACAGGUUUUGGUUUAUGACUCGUGGGGGUCUAAGCAAGGCUUCCAGAGUUAUCAAUAUUAGUGAGGAUAUUUUUGCUGGAUUUAAUUGCACAUUGAGAGGCGGGAAUGUUACCCACCAUGAAUACAUCCAAGUUGGAAAGGGAAGGGAUGUUGGGCUGAAUCAGAUCUCUAUGUUUGAAGCCAAGGUUGCCAGUGGGAAUGGUGAGCAAAUACUGAGCCGAGAUGUUUACAGGUUGGGUCAUAGGUUGGACUUCUUCCGAAUGCUCUCAUUCUUUCACACUACUGUGGGAUUUUUCUUCAAUACCAUGAUGAUUAACCUGACUGUUUAUGCAUUUUUGUGGGGCCGGCUUUAUCUGGCACUGAGCGGCGUGGAAGGUGCUGCUUUGGCAGAUGCCAACAAUAAUAGAGCGCUUGGUACAAUCUUGAACCAGCAGCUCAUCAUCCAACUUGGUCUUUUUACUGCCUUGCCAAUGAUUGUGGAAAACUCGCUCGAGCAUGGCUUUCUGAAUGCUAUCUGGGACUUUAUAACGAUGCAGCUCCAACUUUCUUCUGUAUUUUAUACAUUCUCUAUGGGGACCCGUGGUCAUUACUUUGGCAGAACUAUUCUGCAUGGUGGUGCGAAAUAUCGUGCAACUGGCCGUGGUUUUGUGGUGCAGCACAAGAGUUUUGCUGAGAAUUAUAGAUUAUAUGCUCGUAGUCACUUUGUGAAAGCUAUUGAACUUGGACUGAUACUCACUGUAUAUGCUUCCUACAGUCCUGUGGCUAAGGGAACUUUGGUGUACAUAGCAUUGACUAUUUCCAGUUGGUUUUUAGUAGUGUCCUGGAUAUUGGGGCCCUUCAUUUUUAACCCCUCAGGCUUUGAUUGGUUAAAAACUGUGUAUGACUUUGAUGAUUUCAUGAACUGGAUAUGGUACAGGGGUGGCGUGUUUGCAAAAUCUGAACAGAGCUGGGAAAAGUGGUGGUAUGAAGAGCAAGAUCAUUUAAGGACAACUGGUUUUUGGGGAAAGAUACUGGAAAUCAUUUUGGACCUUCGUUUCUUCUUUUUUCAGUAUGGAAUUGUGUAUCAAUUAGGCAUUGCUGCUGGAAGCAAGAGCAUUGUCGUUUACUUGCUUUCAUGGAUCUAUGUGGUGGUGGCUCUUGGACUUUACACAGUAAUCGCAUAUGCCCGGGACAAAUAUGCUGCAAAAGACCACAUCUACUAUCGUUUGGUUCAGUUCCUUGUUAUUAUCUUGGCAACAGUUGUGAUAGUUGCCUUGCUUGAGUUUACCCAGUUCAGAUUUAUGGAUCUCUUCACUAGCUUAUUGGCUUUUAUUCCUACUGGGUGGGGAUGUAUAUCUAUUGCACAGGUCCUUCGACCCAUUUUGCAGAAAACAAUGCUUUGGGAGACUGUUGUUUCUGUAGCUCGCCUAUAUGACAUAAUGUUUGGAGUCAUUGUCAUGGCCCCUCUGGCCCUUCUAUCAUGGCUACCUGGGUUCCAAAACAUGCAGACCAGGAUUCUCUUCAAUGAAGCAUUUAGUAGGGGCCUACACAUAUCCCAAAUUGUGGUUGGAAAAAAACCUAAGGCUGCUAUGUAAGAUAAGGUUUACGGUCGCGUUGCAGAAUGGACAUGUCUGCAGAGUGCGAGGCUCUAAUCCGUAUGUAGCAUCAUUUUCCUGUUAUUUGUAUUUUGACGAGCCAAAGAUUUUGAGUUAGCGUCUGUUGUGCUGGUCGUUUCAUAUUUUUGUUACUGUUUGUAAUUAGUCAAUUCUUCUCAUAGUCGAUGCGUACAUUACUAGUUAGAUAAGAGAUUCUUUCGUUUGUGAUUAAUUAGCAAGGUUGUUGUAAGAUUACGUUCUAUGUUGUGCCUAUUGUGAGGUGAAAUAGUAUACCAGCUUACUCACACUGUACCAGAUUAUGUAAUUGUCCUUGUAACUGGUUGAGUUCGAAAUUUUGAAUCCUUCUGAUUUGUUA